GCAGAAAGUACAAAACUGUAAAUAAUUGAUAAUGAGAUUUUUCAUAUUAUUUUUUGGCAUCAUAAAAUUAUCAAGCUCCAUUCCUUUAAAUUGUACCUUCGAUAAUCAUGAUACUGUGUAUCAGACAGUGUAUUCUUGUAUAGUCCAAAACCUCUAUACAACUUUAAAUGAUCGAUCAGUGACUGAGAUAGUUGGAACUCAUAAAUAUGGAAAGUCAAACGAUGAUGUCAAGCAAGUCUUUGUAAAGUUUCAAAAUGUUCCUUAUCUUCCGCUAAAUCUUGGCAAAUUCUUCCAAAAUCUCGAAACUUUAUACGUCAUGAAGUCAAAUGUUCAGCAUUUAAUGAAUGGUGAUCUUGAUGGACUCAAUAAAUUGAAAACUUUUGAUGUCUCACACAAUCCAGUUGAGCAGAUCGGAAAAGAAUUCUUUAAAGGACAGAAGACAAUAGAGAGAAUCUCAUUUUAUGACUGUCACAUAAAGAAAGUCAACAGAGGUGCACUCGAUGACUUGACAAACCUUAAUUCAUUAUUUUUCGAUCAGAAUCCAUGCAUUGAUACAAGAUAUGAUGGAGAUAGCAGUUAUGGAAGCAUGCGAGAUGGAAUAAUUGAAGAAGUUACAGCCGAUAUUUAUGACAAAUGUCAUGGCAUGGAUCAGAGCUUAAGGACAAAUCAGACUGAAUUGUGUCAUGAAAUUAAAAAUGUGAAUGAAAAUUUAACAAAUGAUAAAUUAAUAUCCAAAAAUGAUAAAGUUCAGGAGUCAUCAAGCAACUGGUCAACUGUCUUGACUAUUUUAUUGGUUUUUACGAUGCUGCUCAACAUUAUAUUCUCAAUUGUUUUAGUAAGAAUCGUCAGAAAUAAUUUUAAUGGCAGCUGGCAUGAGAUGAAGAAUGUUUUAGUGUUUAUCACGCUAACCUUGCUGUGCACGUUCCUUCAUUCAUCUUAUCAAUUUGUACUUCAAUGUGAAUUUUUUAAUGCUUAUAUUAAUUCUGAUUAUCAUCCAAUGUACUCAUGCAAUGCUGAAAAUGUAACAACUUCAUGGAAUGAUCGAAAUGUUACAGCAAUUUCAGGAAGACACUUACCUAAAUUGGAUAACAAGGAUGUUCGAUUUUUAUCAAUUUUUCAUCAAAAUUGUCAUUUUAUACCGAGAAAUUUGGAUCAAUUCUUUCCUAAUCUUGAAGAUCUUACAAUAAGGAAGUCAAAUAUACAAUUUUUAAUGAAUGGUGAUCUUAAUGGACUUAAUAAGUUGAAAACUUUUGAUUUUGCCAAUAAUCCAAUUGAUCAUAUAGGAGAAGACUUCUUCAGUGGACAUUCAUCAAUAACUUCAAUUUCCUUCAAUACUUGCAACAUUAAGAAAGUUGAUUUUGGUGCAUUCAAUGACCUGAAAAAUUUAUCAAGCAUUGACUUUGAGUUUAACGAAUGUAUCGACACUAUAAAAAAUUUUAAUAAGAGAAAUCCAGCUGAAGACUUUUUUAAUCAAGUUUACUCGCGAUGUCAUGGCAGAGGAAAUACAAUAAAAACAAUCAACUUUAAGGAAUGUCGCUUAACUCAGCAUCAAUCAACAACAGUUAUCCACAAUAUUGAUUCAUCCUUAAACUAUGCUUUGUUUCUACUUGGAAUGCUCAGCAUGUUAUUGAGUAUAUUGCUAGCUUUGGUUAUAUUCAGGGUUUAUGGCAGAAGAAGUGAUAAAGAUUUUAAUGAGGCAGUGAAUAGCGGUUUUGCAGAUUUUGAGGCUUAAACUGAUAUAACCUUUAUUUCAAUUUUAAAAGAUUUCAGAAGUCAAUAAGCAGUUUGCUAUUCGAUUUGUUAUUGUUGUUUAGACUGUAAAUCAUAUUAUUUUGCAUAUUCCUUAUCACAUAUAGGCGCGUUGCGGCAUCUUUAUUCUAAAAAAAUACAAAAUAAACAUAAACACUUGAAGCGAUG